GUUGUUGCAGCAACAUGAAAAAUGGUUUCUACAAAGACGCUUAUGAAGGUUGCCGUAUACGGAGGGAUUGCCACAAUAAGUGCUGGGUUGCUUGUCAAUUGGGAAAUACAGGCACGACUGCAAAAGAGUGAAUAUUUCAGAGAAGCCAUGAAGAUACUGAGAGUUCACCCUGGAGCAGUUUCUUUACUUGGUGAACCAAUUAAGAUGGGCCAGUUAGAUCUCGGCGAUACAACAAAAAAUUUUUGCGACGGAUAUAAAGCACAGUUCCAAGUACCUGUAAAAGGACCUCAGUCAAAGGGCACCAUGUACUUCUGGGCAGCACGUGAAAACACAAAUAUGGAAUGGGAUGUUUAUAAAGUGCAUCUUGACAUUGAAGGAGUAAAAGAUAAGCGACUCAUUAUUAAAGAUGCAACUAAAUCCGAGUAAGUGAUUUUUAACCCAUCAUUGUCAGAAUAAUUUGCAUAACUUGAAAUUCACGAAGAGGCCACUCCAUCACUUUCGCGAGUGUUCAUUACAGUUGUACACACAGAACUGUUUUAUGUAAAGCGCAUAUUGUGCUUUUGUUCAUUGUAACGAAUCUGUUGUGCCGUCCUAUAUCAUAAUGUGAGUUAGCAGUUAGGCCUUGUAAAGGAAACUAAAGUUUUCAUUGCAGGUUUUUGUCAACCAACGAAUUUUGAACUUUCGGUGUGUUAUGGUAUUAUUAAGUGAUAUCAAAAAUAGCAACUAUUGCUGCAUAUUUGUAAUUGCUCUUUGUUAAUAAAAUUUAUUGCAAUAUUUAUGAA